ACCAUUUCACGGUGCCCAUUGACUGUCGGCUCUCCCUAUCGCGGUCCGGCGGUCCCGAAGCCCUCUCGAGUUCAUCCUGUCUUGAGAUCUCGCCGGCGUGAUGAACUCGUUCACCGGAUCCGGAUCCCAGCGAGCCCCAUCAUCUUCCUCCUCCGCCGCCGUCUCCUUUGACUCCUACCAAUUCGACUUUGGCAUCGGAUCCGGCGGCUCCUCAUCCGCUCGCCCCCUCAAGGACCAGAAGCUCAACCCGAACGCUGUCUCAUCAAAUCCCAUCUUUUCCUCCUCAAAGCCUGCCGCUCCAUCCUGGACCCCCUCGCCGGCGACAAGGCCGUCGUGGACCCACCAACCGGCGACCGCCGACCGAUCGGGCGUUACGAAUCCUUCUCCUUCCAUGACAGGUGACAUAUUUGGGCGAAGUUGGUCUUCUGCGACAUCUUCAACCUCCAAGAUCGGCAUCCAAGACAAGAACCCUAACCUGUUCAGCGAUUUAGUUGGAUCUGCAAUCGGGCAGGGCCGCUCAUCCCAGAACGUUCCCCUCAAAUCAGCCCCGCCGAAAAAUCCCUCCUUUUCUAUGGCCGAUCUGAAGAGCUCCAUCCCAAAAACAAAUAACCCUAGCUCCAAUUCAACGGGAAGCUUCUCCCCCUUCAUUAAAUCUGGCCCUGCCAUUGGAACUCCGAUAAAAUCGGCUCCUGCUGCCGCUUCGAACUCUAAACCGGAUCCCUUUGGUUCAUUGAUGGACUUUACAUCGAAGCCCUCAUCGAACGUGCCUUUGUCCACAGUGAAAUCCUCCGGAAGUGGUGGUGGUGUGGGUGCUUUUGGUGCUUUCCAGAAUGCCCCGACGGCUCAAAAGCCUCAACAGAGCAAUGGUGGCAAUGAUUACUCUUUCGGAGGUUUCCAGAAUGCUAAAAGGAAUGAUUUUGGAAAGCCUCAACCGGCUGCAGAUGGAGCUGACCCGUUGAAUAUGUUCUUCUCUCCGAUGGCAUCAACGACUACUUCAGCUGGAGCUGCAUCAGAAACCCAACCGAUCCCUGAGAUCCAUGAUUGGGAUGUUGGUUCAGAAUUUGGAGGGCACGACAGUGGGGGCACAACGACAGAGCUUGAAGGGCUUCCCCCUCCGCCGGCAGGGGUCACCGCAACGGCUGCCAAGACGAAAGGUUUGGACAAUUACAAACAGGGACAGUUUGCUGAUGCAAUAAAAUGGCUUUCUUGGGCGUUUGUGCUGUUGGAGAAAUCUGGGAACGCUGCUUCUUCCGAUGAGGUUUUGAUUUGCAGAGCUUCUUGCUACAAAGAAGUUGGUGAAUAUAAGAAAGCCAUUGCUGAUUGCUCAAAGGUGCUGGAUCAUGACAGUACUAACGUCUCAGUGCUUAUACAACGAGCUCUUCUUUAUGAGAGCUCUGAAAAAUACAGGCUUGGUGCUGAGGAUUUGAGGGCAGUUCUCAAGGUCGAUCCUGGCAAUAGACUGGCAAGGAGUACUAUUCACCGACUGAAUCAGUUUGCCGACUAACUGAAGAGGUUUUUCCCUAUUUAUUUUCCUCCACUCUUUUGGCUUUCACAGAUAUAUAACUAAAAAACUAGCCGUUGAACUUUCCUCAAGGUUUAAAAAGCUGGGAAUAAAUGAGACCUUAUUUUUUAAGGUUGGUUAUGAACUACAUAUGUUGUUUGUGAACUGCAUUUAUGUUACAUUUAUAUUUUUUUGUACCCUAAACUAUUAUAUUGGCCAUUCAGACUAUAUAAAUAUAAGCAGAUUACUCAAA